AUGGGGCGAACGGCAACACUUGCAACAUGUACCCUAAAUCAAUGGGCGAUGGAUUUUGAAGGGAAUAUGUCAAGAAUUUUGGAAAGUAUACAGAAAGCUAAAGAGGAUGGAGCCAAAUACAGAUUAGGUCCAGAAUUAGAAAUUUGUGGGUAUGGAUGUGGUGACCAUUUCAUGGAGAGUGACACCUUCCUGCACAGCUGGCAAGUCUUGGCAAACCUUCUGUCAUCUCCAGAGUCCCAGGAUAUUCUUUGUGAUGUGGGCAUGCCUAUUAUGCACAAAAAUAUUGCCUACAACUGCAGAAUAACUUUCCUUAACAAAAAAAUUCUCCUGAUUCGCCCAAAGAUAACACUAUGCAACGAUGGUAAUUACCGGGAGACUCGCUGGUUCACUGGUUGGUCAAAGCGUAAAAUGGUGGAGGACUUCUAUCUGCCCAGAAUGAUACAGGACAUCACAGGACAGAAAACAGUACCAAUUGGAGAUGCUGUAAUAUCUACUUUAGACACAUGUAUUGGGAGUGAAGUCUGCGAGGAACUAUGGACAUCUCACAGUCAGCACAUUGAUAUGAGUCUGGACGGUGUGGAGAUCAUCACCAAUGGCAGUGGUAGUCACCAUGAACUGAGAAAAUCCUACAUCAGAGUCGACCUCAUUAAGUCAGCCACCAUGAAGUGUGGAGGUGUGUACAUGUUUUCCAACCAUAUUGGAUGUGAUGGCGAACGCACUUACUAUGAUGGUGGCUCGGCCAUCGCUGUAAAUGGUCAAAUGGUUUCCCAGGGGCCUCAGUUUUCCGUACAGGAAGUGAUUGUGAACACUGCCACGAUUGACCUAGAAGACGUAAGAGGCUAUAGGAACUCUCUACGGAGUCAUUCUUUAAGGGGAUCACAAAGUACAUCAUAUCCUAGGAUUCAUUGUGAUUUUGCAUUGACAAACAGUGAUUUCUUUAAACCCACAACAGAUAUCCUGGAGUGGCAAUAUUGUACUGCUGAGGAGGAAAUAAGUAACGGGCCUGCCUGUUGGCUGUGGGACUAUCUGAGACGUAGUGGCCAGGGUGGCUUCUUCUUACCACUCAGUGGUGGCAUUGACAGCUCCAGUACAGCUUGUAUUGUGGCCUCUAUGUGCCACAAGAUAUGUGAUGCUGUUAAGCAUGGAGAUACCAAGGUGUUGUCUGAUAUACGACGUAUCAUUGGAGAUCGGGCUUAUGUUCCUGUAGACCCCCGAGAACUUGCUAACAAGGUGUUUACCACCUGUUACAUGGGAUCAGAAAAUAGCUCCCAAGAGACUCGGGACAGAGCAGCAGGGCUGGCUAAGCAGAUUGGCAGUUUCCACCUGACAAUCUGUAUAGAUGUUGCUGUAGCAGCAUUCCUUAGCAUAUUUACAGCAACAUUAAAACUAGUGCCAAGAUUCAAGGCCAUGGGAGGAAGCCCUCGGGAAAACCUGGCUUUACAGAAUGUGCAGGCACGCGUGCGGAUGGUUCUAGCCUACCUGUUUGCCCAGCUGGUUUUGUGGGCAAGAGGGCGGUCUGGAGGUCUUCUAGUUCUAGGGUCAGCCAAUGUGGAUGAGAGUCUGCGGGGAUAUAUGACCAAGUACGACUGUUCCAGUGCUGAUAUCAACCCAAUAGGUGGAAUCAGUAAGACUGACUUGAGGAGCUUCAUACGUUAUUGUAUCAAUAAGUUUGGCUUCACCAUGCUGGAAAAGAUCUAUGAAGCUCCUCCAACAGCUGAGUUGGAACCCCUAUCCAAUGGUCAGCUUGCUCAAACAGAUGAAGAAGAUAUGGGGAUGACUUAUGAAGAGUUGUCUAUUUAUGGUCGUCUAAGGAAACAGAACCAGUGUGGUCCUUACAGUAUGUUCUCCAAACUGGUUCAUACCUGGGCAAACAGGUGUUCACCUGAGCAGAUUGCUCAGAAGGUGAAGCAUUUCUUUCGUUGUUAUGCUAUCAACCGUCACAAGAUGACGACCCUGACUCCGUCCUAUCAUGCCGAGUCCUACAGUCCAGAUGACAACAGAUUUGACCAUCGUCAGUUUCUAUACAAUGCAGCUUGGCCAUGGCAGUUUGGAUGUAUAGAUGAACAGACCCGGAAACUUAUGAUCGUGUUUGAGGAGCGAAAAGAACAGAAGGCUGAUAGAGUUCCUUCAGAGAGUCCUGAUGUAAACAGCUUGAACAGCAAAGUCAACAACAACAAGGUUACAAAGCAAGGCUGGGGAUCAGGGAUGUCCAAUAUUGGUGUGGAGGUCCCUAUUGGGGGUCAGGGCAGCAGUUUGGUGUCAACAGAGGUCAAGGCUAAAGAUCAAAAAGCAUUACUGCAUUCAGAGGAUUCAGAGAACUCUUACUGUGAGUUAGAGAAUGUAAAUAAUCACCAUGGAAACAACGCUGACACUAUACCGAGAAAGGACAUGAGAAUACUUUGUGAUAAGGAAAUUGUAGAAGAAUGCAGAUCAAUGACUGAGGUGAUAAGGAGGGACAGGGAUAUAGGAGUAGUUGAAAGAGGUGACCCUGGCUGUGGGGGAUUGGGGAAUGGCAUACAGAGUCUUAAAAGGGAGUGCCAGGAUGAGACUCCAUUUGAUGGGAAGAGGCUAAGGCUGAUACAGGGGGUGGCCUGAUCAUAGCUAGGAUGAGUGAAGCAGUGAAUUUACUAUGUUAUGAUAUACCCAUUUAAAGUGUUAUCAGCAGAAUCAUCUUAAUUGAACAAUUUCCUCAAUGGUUUUUGAAAAUGCUGAAACUAUU